AGACUGAACAAGAACAUCUUUAGGAAUGAAUGGAUUUAGGCUCUGUCUGGGUGAAGAAGUAGGAGCAUGGAAGGAGGACACAAAAAUGACCUAUGGUUCUUCCAAAUGGGGUAAACCCCUCUCCCCCUCCUCCCAAAUCUACAACAUGGUAGCAGGCAUGACUGUAGGUGUGUGUGUGAUGCUUGAUAAGAAUGUGGAUAAAACUAGCAAGUGAGAAAACUUAGUUGCCCUGCCAUUUAGCAUUUUAGACAUUAGAGGCUUCUACACCCUGCAGAUGCUUUAAGAAUUGAUUCUUGCCACGCUUGUAAAUGGGAAGCAGUCUCUCUGCUGACUGCAGAGAUGAGCAAGGUGAGCCGAGUUGGCUCUUUGUCAGGGAGGAUCAAGGGCAGGCUGCUUCGAAAGGGACAGCAAGAUGGAAGCCAGUCACAGCAAGGCAGACAAGGGCAGUGGCCCUGCCAGCAAAGGAACAGCCCCACAGUACCUAAGCUGGAAGAUCAGGUCAGGAUGAGGAUUUAGAUCAGCCUGGUAUAUGGCCAGGCAUGGACAUGGCUGCCCUAGCUCAGGCAGGGAUCAAAGGUGAGAACCUUAACUGAGAUAACCUCAAGGGCAAACCUUGCUGAGGUUUCUCAAAGCCAGACACCUAUAUUAUUUAAGCUGGACCUGAGUCCAGGCAGCCAAUCCCCCAAAAGAUGGAGAAUGUGCUCAGGGCCCUGAUGUUCCUCUACCAGGGCUGCUCACAGCCAUCUCUUGCACAGUCACACUUGCUUGGUGUUCCUCUGCCAGACAGCAGAACUCUACAUAUGGUUGUGUUGAAAGUACAAUGAAAGUCUCGCGGCCUGGGUGAAGAUGAGAAGUCUUAACCUUUUAAGUCAGCUGGUUGAAUGACACCAGUAAAUGCUAGUGUCAUUGUCAAAUAUUCUAGCAUCUGUGGUGGCCAAAAAAAAAUCAUCCUCUACCUUUCUUCAGAUCUAGGAGCAAAGCUGUUAUCCUGUUUUGGUGAAUAGGGUGAAUGUGUUGCAUAGGCCUUGACCAGGCAGAAAGUGAGGGGUCUUGUCCAUGAGCUACGAUGAAGCUUCUCUGACUUUUCCAUAGGUAGUUGCAGCAAAAAGGGUUGAAUAGCCUAAGAGGGUAUUUCUCUGGAGUAGGAGGAUUUUCAGGUGAAUUGUACCUAAGGGAUGUACUGGAAUAUACUCCUGUUUGUGUACAGAGGACUGGAAAACAUUUCAGGAGGGAAAGCUUAGUCUUCUCUGGAGAUCUUACCGGUCCCCAUGUCUUUCCUUACAGUGAGGCCUGCUAGAACGCAACAGCUUGAUGUGUCUUGUGCAAAUCCUCUCCUCCUUCUCCUUGGCGACCAUUAGGGGCAAUCUUUCUGUCCCCAGUGGGAGAAAUUGGCUGUGAUGGUAAGUUACUGGUGAAAUGACUUGGCCUGUGACUGGACUGGCUUGAAUCUUCCCUUCUCUUCCUGCACUUUGUUGCCAGUGGUUCCUUCUAAUGUUGCAGAAGCCAGUAUGCAGGCUGCUUGAGACCUACAGUGUCUGAUGUUGCAGACAAUCGCAUUCUCUAGGUAAAGGAUUAAGGCCAGGCCUUUAAGGUGGAUCAGCAAACUAAGCAAUAUCUCCUGAACAUUUAUUAAGUUCCACAUAACAGAUCGAGUGGUUUCCUUAGGCAGCUGGGAAGAGCUGUCCUCAGUCGAAGAGAGACAAUGGUCAAAGGGAGAGGAAAGUUCAUGCCAAAUGGGAGACAGACUGUAACACAUGGAAAGAGUCAAAAAACAGGUGACAAAGUGAAGAUUCCAGUUUGGUCUGGUUAUUGAUUGUCACUUCUUCUGCGAGAGCUAUAGUUGAGGUGGGAUGUGAGCAUUGCCUCCCCUUCCCCCAUUAAUUCUCUUCUACAUUCUGUGACUUAAAACUCCUGUCUCACAGCUAUGGAGUAACUGUUCCUACUACAGGCACACAAUAUGGAUUGUAGGCACAAACUUGCUAGCUUUAACAAAGGAUUGGUGCUGUGUGUAGACUCCCAAAGAAAUGGAGAGAAAGAGAUGUCCACUGGAAAAAAUCAAACAAAGUAAAAAACAAACAAGAAACCAAAAAGCCCAAAGUCCUCCUGAACUUUGGUGAUGACGGAACAGGAUCUGAACCUGAACUCAUCCUGUUAAAUCAGCAUAAACCUACACAAGCUCUAGCAGGGAGCACAACUGUGCUGUUAAUGAAUAAAACCAGAGCAUUGGGGCCUAUGUAGUUUACACACAUUGUAAUGCCUCAAGGUCUAGACAAUCCAUUGAGUACUUGUCACAUUAUGUGAACAACAGAGUCUCAGUCUAGAGACCGUUUUAGGUCUCUUUCAUCCAAGUUAAUAGGUUUGUCCAUGCUAAUAGCCAGGAAAAGUACACUGCAGGAUGUAGAAACCUUCUAAUUCAAUAGCUUAAUUUUGCCAACUGCCAUUAGCUAUAGCUGCAUCUCCUCAUCCAGAGUGGGGCCUCUGACAGGUGCUCAUUGAAGCUGCCCCUAAGCAUGGGAAGAUCAGUCAGCAGCAGCUGGUGCAUGUAGUGGCUCCUGACCAGAGUCACGUUUUGCCAUCACUUAUGUUUGGGGCAGGCCAGCCAAAUAACUCGCAAGGGCCUGCUUUCCCUUUUUCCCAGGCAUUGUAGGAGGGCCGUGCCUCCGUGUUGGGGCAGAGGCACCCGGCUUGCUUAGGAGACUGGUUUGUUAAUCCCUGAAGCAGUCCGAAGAGGUGCUCCCUGAAGGAGGGAGCUGCCUGUAACUUGCAGCUUUUGUGUUGAGUCCUUGUGUUUAGAUGUAAAGAGGUGGGGUGCUCCCCUGCCCUCCUAGCCUGGUCUGCAAGCCUGGCUGGGUUGGUGACAGCUGCGACCAGGGCUUGCAAGUUCAGUAUCACCCGGGACCGUGUGCUGCCAUCUGCUGCUCAAUCGCCUUGUUGCGGGGCUUCUGGCAAUCCCUGGGCUCAGCCAGCAUCUCCAGGGAUUGCCCGAAAUCCCCAGCAGUCGGGAGUGGAGGGAUGCAGGCAAACAUCACCUGGGACCGGUCUAGCACUGGUGAAGUGUUCUCUGAAGAAUCGAAGCUGGCGUCUGUCAGCAAGAGCAUGCUGAAUCCUGUGUUGGCUGCCUGCAGUGACCUCCCCUGGGCAGGGGAAAGCUGCACCUGGCAGGAAUGUGGGCAAGGGCUGGACCUGGGUCUGGAACAAGCCAAAAAGCAGAACUGCAGCAUCAGGAGGUGUCCCCAGGGGCAUCUGAGAUAGAGGGGAAAGGAAAAGGUGUCUUGACUUUAACACGAAGGAGUAGGAGGUAGGCAACCAUAAGAUGCCAGAUCAAGAACUUUGUUGGAUUUGGUUUAAAACAGACUGGAAGAGCUUUGGGUUACAGCAGAGUUUGUACUGUCUUUCACAGAAUGCUUCCCUCAGUUCAGUAGCAGCUUUGCCUUCAUGUGCACCAGUAUCAUAAGCAUUCAAAUACUUUCCUGAAUGACUUAAACUUCACCAGGGGUCAGUUUUACAGAAACAUAGUUGAAAGAUUUGUUUUGUUUUGUUUUUUCUUCAUAUCUCUCGGUAGUUUGGCAGUAAUGGAACUGGUGCUUCCAAAUGUAGUCAUAUUCUGCUGUCUUAACAUCAUAUGUGCUUCAGUGCCAUCAUACACAGACAGCAUAGUGUAGGGCUUGGAACUGAGAUGUCCCAGGGCAGGCACGUAUCUUCUCUUGUGGAGAUGCCGAUGUGCAUACAUGUCUGUUGUCUCUGAAGUUUGGCAUGUAGGAACUGAAGCUCUCACAGACUUUUUUCAAGUGAAGUCAAAGCACUUGUCCAUAAGCAGUGAUUAUGGUGUUAAGCAAAUUGUUCAAAGAUGUGGGGAGAUGCUACAUCAGUAGCACUACACAAUCCAUCACUUUGGUUAGCUUACAUGGACAAGGAACUGUGUUCCAGUGGGCAGCAGUGCCAAGAGGAGAGGGGUAGGAGAACAUUUUCUUUGGAGGAUAUGUGCUAAGGGCUACAGCAGCAUUGGCUGAAUGUCUGGCUCACAGUUAGGGGCUGGUGUCACUAGUACCUAAAGCUGAAGUUAAUCCCAUGGGUGCAUGUACAAAGUGUGCUUGGAAAUGACCAGUGCAUACUUUUUGGGUAGAAGAACAGGAAAAGUCCUUAAGCAAUGUAUUCCAUACUAAAAUAGGGUUACUGUAAGCUGAGAACCUGCCCUGGGUAGCCUGGUCUAGCUUCAGAAGUAGCCCUGCUUUGAGCAAGGUUUGAACAAGAUACCUCCAGCCUGAACUAUUUCCUAGCACAACUUUUGUGCUAGGCUGUGGUGAUGUGGGGCCAGCAGUGAGCCAGCAGUGUCUAGUGAGACAUCUGACGUGGGGGGUUUGUAGGUGAUGGGGAAUGCUGAGGUCUGAUGGUGAUCCUUCAGCUCAGGAAGAGCAGAAGCUGUGCAAGGACCGGCACGGUGUGCUGUGCCUGCCCAGUCUUGAAACACUAAAUACGCAAAUAACUGUGAACUGGAGGCAGAGUCUAAGAGGCAUGGGCCACAGUGCUGCAGGCCAAUGUGGGACAGCAAGGAGCACUUGGGCCUCUGUGUAAGUCCCAGCUGGCAACUCCAGGGCCCUUGGAGUCAAUGCCAACUCCAUACUGAAUGCUGGCUUCCUGGAGAGCCACUUGCCCCCCUUCGCUUUACUGUGCCGACGCUGACUUCAGUGUCCUAGCAUGGUAAAAGAUGCGGGCACCUGAAGAGUGUGCCCUUCAAAAAGAAGUGCCCUUUCCCAUCUGACCGUGUUGACGUUUGUGUUGUGCUCCUGCGUGAGGUGGGACCCCAAAGCAAGAGCCCUCACUACCUGGCAUUAAAACUUCCCCAGCGUAUUUCAGUGCUGAGGUGCCAGGGAGUGUCUGGCUGAGCUGACUGUACUCCCUGGGUUUGAUUCACCUUUCUAUGGUUGUUUCCAAAUGGCUUUUGCCUUGUCCCACCCUGACUGGAAGCUUAGGUUGGCUGCACUGCUCUGGAGGCAGGUGGUGUCCCUCACCCCGCUGCUGGCUGGCAAGAGUGUAGCAUGCAGUGGGUGCAGGGGCUCCAAAUGGCGUGGGGGGCCUUGCUGGCUAUAAGGUGCAGGGUAAGGGUCAGUACAGCCCAUUUGCGAUCUUCCUGAGAAAUCUGCACUUGAGGGUAGGAGCAGUGUGAGGAAGCCACAUGAUGCCCAUGCUGGGGGAAGCUCUGAAGGGCCCGAGAGGUUUGUGCUGCUAUUCCAGUGCCAUCUGGUGGGGCAGCCUCAUCAGUGCAGCUCUGAGAAGGCUUUGCUGCAUUCUCUUCACGUGCAUGGAGAGGAUGUGAAGAUGUAGAGGGAAACAGCUUGAGAUCAAAUGAGAGUAGCCCUAAGGUUACCGCAUGGAUCUGGAUGACCUUACCUGAUAGUCCCCAUACUUGCUUAGUGACUCUGGUUGUUUUCCAUUUUUGUGCUUUUCUUUCUACUCCCCCAACUCCCACUUUAAAAGGAGGAAAUGAGGUGCAUUCACCUCACUGGGCAGAGGUGUAGCCAAACUGCAACCAAAGCUGUCAAGAUCUAUGUAAUCCUUAGACAGACCUGACAAUGAAGCAUGAAGGAUUGCUCCUGUGGGGAGGUGUUAUGUGGCCACAGCUUGUUCAUGCAAAUCCCAUGCGCCCACUCUAAGAAGCUAAACUUCACAGCCCUGCCUCUGAAACUGGCCGCUGGCUCUGUCCAGGACUUGGAUCUGGCCCAGGUUUGGAGUCAGAUAUGCAGCUGUGGCGAGCAACUGCGGUAUCUGGAUCUGAUCUCCCACGAUUUCUGGCCUUGAGAUCUGUGGCUUAGAUCCAAAAGAGGAAGGAGGUGAAAGUGCGGUGUUCCCGGUAAUAGCAUAAAACAAAGCUGUGAGCUAAUGCAUCUGAAUGUGCCUUCUGUUGGCUAUGGCUGGAUAAUUUGUUAAUUAGAGGAAAUAGAUGAAACUUUUCUAUUCUGAAUAAACAAUCCUGAGGUAAUGAUAUAUGUGAAGAGGUGGGUCAGGGCUUCUUAACUCUUUGAAGUUUCCCUGGAUACUGUUCUUGCUUCUCUUAUUCCUUCCAUUAUACCUGAAGGGUUUUGGGAACCUAUCAUCACAGGUAAGCACAUGACUUUCCAAAGCUGACGGAGUUUGAACUCCCUCAGCUUUGGGACAUGGUCUGUUCGUCUUGAAACCCUCAGCUCUCCCUAAAACUUGGCAAACAUGUGGGUGGCCGGAGGAAUGCAUGAACCCUUUAGGGGAGGAACAUUUCUUUCUCAUUUCUCCUACUUUUCUUUCCUUCCACCAUGUUCUGCAUGGUACUGUAACCACAACAUUUUGAGUAGCUGCUGGUCUCUGUCAAAGUGCUAGAGUGUCGCGCUAGGUGGGUUUGCUGAGGGCACACAGUGUUGCUGACUCAGGCCUGCCUGUGGUGAAGUGCUGCCACCUGACAGAAAUUAGUGUGGCUUUGCAGUGCUACCUUCUUUUUUAUCCAUCCUGCUCUCGCCUCCCUUUCUCACUCUCCAUUCAGUUCUUCCCUGUUUCCUCUUCACCCCUGGAUGAUCAAAUGUCUUUUCCUCUGAGCUUUCACAGCUCCGUAUAACCCAUUUCUUCCUAGGUCUCCUAGUAUAUCCGUAUGGCACCCUGGUUCACCUUCUGCCAUCAGCAGGGGUGAGAGCCUUCCAGCAGACGUCUCUUCUCGCUGCAGCUCUGGCCAGUGUUGUCAGCCAUGGGCGAGGAGGGCAUAGGAUGUCUUUCCCUCAGGUCCCAGCAGUCUGCCGUGCUCCACACUGAUCCCUGGAGCUGGGGGAACUCAGCUCCUACAGUGAGAACUGCAGCCUCCUGCCCUAACCAGUUCCUUGCAGCAGGGUACGCACUGGGAUCAUUGAUUGCUGGAUUCCCUCUAACCAGCCAAAUCCCGCAGGAGCUCUCAAGGAGCAUUCACUGCCUGAAUCCCUUUGAUUAGAUAUCUGCCAUCCCUUAGUAACUGCUCAGUGUCAGGCCCUGAGGCCCCGUUCUUCAUGCCUCAGUGCCUUUUUAUGCUCUUCCCUUGGCUGCAAGGGCUCUGCUCUCCCUUUAUUACCUCCGUGGCCUUAAUCCCUAGGAGAGGAGCAAGGUGGUGUGUAGGGGGAAGACCAAGAGUGUAGCGUGCAUUCAAUUCUGAUGCUCUUUUCAACCAGGUGCAAGGACAAAAAGCCAGGAUUGGGUUUAGGCUGUCUUUAUCUGAGUGAUAGAAGACUGCACUAGCUAGAGGUGCCGUAAGAGCAGGUGAUGGUAGGACUGUCCUGUCAGUGGGCAGCUAGGGACCAGGUAAGAUCAGAGCAGACAGUUUUAUGAAUGGACUGGGCAUGGGCUGUGCUUGAAUAGGGUCUUGAGGGAAGAGGUCUUGUGAGAAGGUCUUGUGCUGUCAGUGCUCUAUUUAAGAAAAUAAACAAAACUACCCAUAAGGCUGAGUGAUGACAAAUACUUAGUUACAUGAAUCACAGUAAAUUGAGAAAAUACAAUUUGGCUAGAGAAAUUUCCUCCCCCACCUCAUUUCUGUUUUUCUGCCUUUCUUGCUCUCUGCUUUGUUUUCCAGAAUGCAGCAAGCUGCCUGCCUUGUGUCUGUGCUCAGCAGAAGGUCCCAGAACCGGCAGAAGAGCAGAGGUGUUCUCCCUGUAAGACUGCUCUUAUACCAAAGGUUGCCCCGCUGGCAGCUCAGGUGGCUGGGGGAGUCAAAACCUGCUCAGAGGAUGAGAGCCACAUCAGCAACACCCUUCAUGCUGCUGUCUACAGAACCUCUAGCUGUGCUCUUAGCACCUGACUGUCUCCUGGCCAACCUCUACCUGAUAGGCACUUUGGACGAGUAAUCUAGAAAUGACCAUGACCAUACCGAUGUCAGUCCCUAAAGAAUAAAAACAGGGCAAGCAUACAAGAUGUUCUCCUCUAAUGCUUUGCCCCAUUCCAAAUGUUAUCAGAAUAGAAACUUGCCAAGUAGGGUACAGCUACUUUGCAUUAAGUAAACCCUCAGUGCAUUUCUCUUCGAUUGUUUUUUCUAUUUUCCACCUUUAAGACAAGUAAGAUUUCGUGAUGCUCAGCACCCUGGGUUAAGGAGUCCGUUGCCCUACUCUGUUUUUGAAGAACCACCUCCCUUCAUUAAGUGACCCCUGUUCUCUUCUUUCAAUGCCCCAUAGUUCUUGUAUUAAAAGAAACAGAAAUGACUCACGCCUCAGUCAGCUUUUCCUUGAUGAUUUUUGUAAACCUCUCCUUCCAUCUUUAGGGUAGAAAUGUCCUAUCUUAAUUUGUUGUUCUUUAUGUGGCAGUCAUGUUAUACCUUUUUUUUCACCUCUGUCUUUCUGUGAGCCUUUUCUGGACCCACUGUAUCCUUGAAAUGAUUUGAGUUAUGAGGAUAUAACAAUACAGUGCUGUAACAAGAUUUUAUGUUCUGUUCUUUAUACCUUUUUUUCACUAUUCCUGAUGUUUGUUUUGCUGUUCUUUCUGCCUCUGAACAGAUUAUCUCAUACAACUGUUAUAAUCUGACAUCUGAAGGAACUGCACAUUAAUUCCUACCCACUUUUCCUGUCUGCUUACCGUGACUGUCCACUUUGCUUAUAAGUUUUUGCAGAGGAACUUCAUGGGUAGCUAGAUUAUUCUCAUGUAUGUGAUUAUUGACCCCUUCAAAGAACUACAAGAGGCAGGAUUUCCUUACAACAGUAUAUUGACUCUUCCCAAAGUACAUCAUAAUUACACUUGUCCAUUAAUUUUAUUAUUUUGUUACAAUUUCUAUUAACUUGGCUGCUACAGACGUCAAGUCUUUAACUUCCUAAAUCUCCCUAGGCUUCUCCCCUCCCCUCUCUGAUAUAUUCCUUGCCAUUCUGCUAGUCACUGACUAAAAGGCAGUUUAAGGCAAGAGGCCACCCACUGCUAUUAGCAACUGUUUUACCCCUGAAUUUCUUGGGAACCCCUGGGACCAUCUUGCCCAGACUUAUUAAUUCCAUACCUUUUGCUCAAUCGCUUUUAUUUUGGACAGGUCCCUUGGUUUAGUCCCCCACAAAGCAUGAUUCUUGUGCAGGAAUCUCCAUUUUCUUCCACUGUCACAAAUAAUUACUUUAGCUUUGUUUUGAUGUUCUUGUUCUCUCUGACUGCUUCUUUUAUACUCUGCUCUUAGGUUGUCUUAAAAGCUUGUGAAAAGGUUUCUGCUUUCAGUAUCCAUAGGAAAGGAAUCAUUGCUAGUUCUGAUAGCUUCUGCUAGUGGUUUUUCAGACUCUUUUUUACCUUUGCUUUGUGAUUUUACACUUACUGGAGGUCAUGAUCAUUUAAAUUUUACUCAUUUGGAUAAAGGGUCAGCUUGUUGAAGAAUGCAUACUAAUAAUCCAUUUGGCUUGACAUUUUAACCAUGUCAGCUUCCUUUUGCCUUUUGUCAAAUCUUCUAAAGAGGUACUAGGUGCUGGCUUUGGGCUGCCAAUGUGACGUCCCUGUGUAACCUCGAUGGUAAUUGUGAUGACUGAAUGCCCUCAGCUGCCCCUUUCCAUUCUGACUGGCAUGUAACAAGUGUCUCAUUUCCCUGCAGCUUCCACCACAGCUGUGCUCAACUUCAAAAGGGGAUUUUUUUGGAACAUGUAGGGUCACAGCUUUAGGACUCAAGUCCUUCUCUUUGCUUAUGAAUUCAAUUAUAACUCAACUGGUUCAGCUUGAUUUUCAAAAUCAGUAAGGCACAUGCGAUGGUUGCAAUGGUGCUGACUCCCUGCUCUGACAUGGACCUGCCUGACAAAUUAGGUGAAACUGGCUGUGAGGUGGAAGGCUUGCAGAGACUACCUUAUGCAAAAUUCACUGACAGGUAGGGAAAAAAGAAUGCUAACACCUCUGCUGCUUUCUGUUUGUGUCAGCUAGCCAAUUGGUGCCUGCACACCUUGCAGAGCAACCACCUAAAGGCAACAGCUGGAGCACGAAUAAGGAGAGAAAGCAGGACUGUUGUGGUGAGCAAACACGCCGGUCCUAGAAAGGAGCUGGGGCUUGUGAGGUGUGUGGGAAGUACCUGGCAGUGCUGAGUGGGGUUGAGAUGAAAGAUGUGUGUGGUGUUGUGGAAGGAUGAGGGUGUACUGCAAGGCCUGGGCAGAACACAGGUGGAGGGAGAAGGGAGGAACUGAGGAGCUACGGUGGGAAUACAAGGAAACAAAGCAUGAAUUUUGGGGGGUUUUUAAGCAAGUUUUUUUUUUUUUCUAUUUUCAGUCCCACAGCUAACUGCUGGACUUGAUUCUCCCUAUCUCCCACCCAUCAGUGCACAUGAAAUUCAAAGCACAAAUUUUACUGUUGGGAAUAUCACGUCGCUGUUGUUGUACAAGAGCCCAGCAUUGCAUCCUAUGGAAGUAUGAUUCAAGGUUGAAUUUGGACAGCAAGCAACAACUCUGAUGGGGACCUGAAAGGCCCACCUUUCAUGUGGCAAAACUAAGGACAGGGCCAGUGUUCACACUGUGAUUAAAUGGCAUCAGAAAUCACCUACGCUGAGGUGAAGUUCAAGAAUGCAUCACCAACUGCAGCAGUUGAAGUACCUCCUGAGACAAAGAAGCAUGAGCGUCAUCCCCAGAAAUACCCGCAAUGGCUCCCGUGGCUGAUUUCACUGCUGCUCCUCUUGGUGUGCAUUGCCCUUGUUAUUACUCUCCUUGUUGCUCCCUCCUCCCACAGACGUGACCAGCCCACAGCACUGCAGCAGAAUUUCAUGGAGUGGCAGUGUGUCUUGGCAGUGCCACAAGACAAAGACCAAGGCUGGACAUGCUGCCCGAAGGGCUGGAGACACUUUCAAAAGAGCUGCUAUUAUGUCUCAGAUGGUAUGAUGUCUUGGGUUGAGAGUGUGCAGAACUGCACUGGGAUGGGCUCCCACCUCGUGGUCAUCAACAGCAAAGCAGAGCAGGUUUUCCUCUCUGAGGAGCUACGACAGUCUCCAGGAGAUAAUUACUACAUUGGUCUGAGUGCAGAGAAGGUGGGCCAGUGGCACUGGGUGGACCAGACUGCACUUAAUGUGACAGCAGCGUUCUGGCGGAAAGAUGAACCAAGUAAUAAAGAUGAUCAGAAGUGCGUUGUAAUCCAUAGGACUUCAGAACGACCCAACAACUGGAAUGACGUCAAAUGUGGGAGACAUCAUCGCAUCUGUGAAGCUGCAGCAGUAACUGUGUGAUGGAGAUACCCUCAUCCUGAGUAAAACUGAGAGAUGAGCAGUGAGCUGGGAACAGUGCAGGGCUGUGUUGGGAGGGAUGGGGGGCCAUGGAGCCUGCAUCUUCACUGUGCUGGGUGGGAUGAUGUGACUGGGAGUGAUAUUAGUCAGUGUCCAGCAUCCCCAGUGCAUGUAGUGGCUCAGGGAACACAUGAAGUCUCAGGUUCAUCAAAGCAGGUUCUGGGCUCUUGUGCCAUCCUCACUGAGUGGGUUCAGCAGCCACUGGCAGAAAAGAGGUUGAGUUCUCUAGGAAGAAGACACAGGGAAGGAAGACAGAUGUUCAGAGCUGCAAUUUCCUUUGUCUCCUAGAUCAGAGAAGUCUGCUUUUUGUUGAGUCACACAGAGAAUGUCCUCUAGUUGCACUGGUUUUGUUGAAUACUGAUUUUUUAUAUAAGAGAAAAUACAAUAUUAGACCAAGGAAAAAGGC